AUAUUUACAACUUUGUCACUGAAACAAACAUGAAUCAGUGGAUAAAGGAAGACUGAAGUGGCCAAGAGGGAAAAGUAUUUACGGAAAGGGAAUAAAAUGAGCGGCAGAAAGAAGAGCUCCGCCGCAACGACGGAGAACGAUGCGGUGGAUCAGCUGUUGCAAGCGGCGCAGGAUGAGAUGCUCUUAGAACUCUCUGUCGACAGUCACAUGUCCCGUGUGGCACCCGAUUAUCUCAACCCUGAUCUCCGCCGUCGAUUCCAGGCUCUCCGAUCCCGACCUUCCUCUUCCCAUUCACAACAGAAGAAACAAUCAUCGGCACCACCACCAUCGCCGCCGAAACCACAACCGGAGCAAAAAGAAGACGAAGAGAAAAAGGAUCGAAAAUCGAAGGUUGUCGUUCCCGACAAUGUCGACGAGGAACUGAAGGCUGUGUUGGGCGAUGAUCUCUCCGCACGGUUCGCUGCUCUCAAGGCUUCCUUGUCUUCAUCUUCUUCUAAUCCUACUGCUGCUACUAGUAUUUCCACUAAUGAAGUUCGUAUCGGUCUCGAAAAAUCCGACGGCGAAGAUGAUGAAGAAGAUGAAGUUGAAAGAGUGAUCCAAUGGGCCAAGGAUGCUGCUCGCCUUGACCCUUCUCCUGCCUCUGAUGAAGAUGAUGAUGACCUAAUCGGUUCUGAUUCCGAUGAUAAAGAUACUGACUAUGAUGAUGAUCCUAAACAUAAAAAAAAGGAAUCAAAACUUAGGAAACGAGGGUCUCCUUAAAGAGCAGCCUUACAGCAAUAAUCCAUUGCCAAGCCUGAAACUUUUAAUCCUAUUUUUAUUGAACAUGUUUAUGUUCAGAUUGGAUACAGUGAAUACUUUCAGCAGAGUUGUUCAUUAUCAACCUGAUUAUAGCAAUAAAUCUUCACGUAAUGGUACCAUGCAUGAUCAUACGUCAAGGUUUUUAUAAUUUCUUUUUGUAUUUUGCGGAGUUUUCAUUGUUGUUUCUGCCUCUAGAUAGUCUUUUUUUUGUUGUAAUUGAUCCUACAGAUAGGUUUUGUAGAAAGAUCAUUCAUAUGCAUAAAACAAUAUGAUUUUACUUAUGAUUUGCAGUUAUGUGCUCUGUAACUUCCACUGUUGUUUAGAAUCGAAUUUGUUUACGAUCA